UGCGUGCAACUGCAACUGCAACAUACCUUUUAGGAAAGAAAAAGAAUACCCAUCAAAUUAAAAUAGAAAUGAAAUGAAUAGAGAGAAAUAGAAAAACCAUUUCUUGAAGGGUCUUGUCUUUAGCCGAAUCUUCAAUUAAUGAAAGAAAGAGAAACCAUUUUCUGCAGUGAAAUACUACUCCUAAACACAGUACGUAUAAUAAUACAAAACAAAAUAGGGGCGAUAAAAAUAGAGAUGUGCUUUCGUAUUCUUUCUUUGUUUGCUUGUAUCUAUGUAUCGUAAUGAUCAUGAGUCAGUGAGGGUUUUUGUUUGCUUCUUUGGUCAUGAUACCAACCUGAGGGGUCGAUUCCCUUUUCUAUAAGUAAAGAGAGUUCGAUAAAGCCGGGGAAAAAGUCGUCACUCCUCUGCCUUUUUCAAGUCCUCUUUUUAGGGUUUAAUUUCUUCUUGUUUUUUGGAAAAUGGAAGUUACAGAGGUUUGAAGAUGGGGAUUCGAUCCCAUUGAAUCUUUUCUCAGUUUUCUGGUUUCUGGGUUUUUUCAGAAAUUAGCUCUUUUGUUCUUGUUCUGUCAAUUUCUGAUCCCCCAAUUCCUUCUCAUAGACUAAAAAUAAAAACCCCAGCUUUAUUCAUUGCGAUUUCAGGGUGAACUGCUAUAUCAUCUCAGAGAGGGUUUAUGCUGAGGAAGAAAUCUAAAGAAAGCUCUAAUGGCGGAACAUGGCUCUAUACAAUCACCAAAGGACAAAUACCAAAGACCCAUUUCAUCGAUUUUCAGUUCUCCAAGGCUCAUCAAUGCUUUUGCAUCAAAGGGUUUGAUUGACACUGAAGCUGUAUUAAGCCCAACUUCAAUUCUUGAUGCAAAACCCUUCUCUGGUUCAAGAAACCCAUUUUCCCCCAAAUCCCCAAAACCCGAAAUCAGAACCCACUGGGAGAAAUUGGAUUCAAGAAAGGUUGGUUUGGGCAUUCUUGAUGCUCUGAUUGAUGAAAAACCCGACCAGGUCUCCGAACCUGAGAACCGAGUGGUUCUGUUUGCAUCCCAACUGAAGAUCAAAAUCCCUCCCCUUCUUCUUUCCCUUGGUGAAUCUCCGAGAUCACCGGCCGAUUUUGGGAUCAAAACCCGGAAUUCUCAGUUGGCUUUGUUUUCUUCUGGGGUGGAGAAGAAAUCCCCAUUUGGGUCUGCGAGUUCCGGCUUGGAAAACCCAUUUUCGCCGCGGGUUCUCUCUGCUAGUGAAAUGGAGCUUUCGGAGGAGUAUACUCGGGUGGUUUCAUAUGGCCCAAAUCCGAGGACGACCCAUAUUUUCGAUGAUUGUGUUGUUGAGAGUUGCUGUGGGGUUGUUGGGUUUUCUGAUAGAUUUAAGGGAGAUGGGUUUUGUGGUGAUCGGUCAAUGAGCUAUCCAUCAGAGAAUUUUCUUAGCUUUUGUUACAGCUGCAAGAAGAAUCUUGGGCAAGGAAAUGACAUCUACAUGUACAGAGGUGAGAAAGCUUUCUGCAGCAGUGAAUGCCGGUACAAGGAGAUGAUGUUGGACGAGAAAAUGGAGAACUUCCAGUCUGAUGAUGUUUAUGGGGUCUCCCUUUGAUAGCUCUUUCCAUUUCUUUCUUGUUUCAAACGGCUACAUGGGCUAGAUGACGGAAAGGAGCCAGAAGGAAGCUUCGUCUAUGCGGACUGACCCGAUUCAUUCUCCUUUUUGUGGCCUCCAUUAUCAAUAAUUAGGAUCUUUUUCGGCGCUUGAUCUUCUCCAUUUUCACCAGGAUUUCAAUCUGUAAAUUAAGCACUGUUGAACUGAAUGGGUGAGAUGUUAUGAAGUGAUUUUGUUCACAGAA